AUGGCUGAGUAUUGUUAUUGUCGUAUGUUGGUUGUUGAACGAACGGCUUGGACGGAGAAGAAUGCUGGGAGAAGGUUUGUGAGCUGUGUUUAUAGUAAAAGGGGCUGCAAAUAUUUCCGUUGGGUUGAAGGUCCGAUUUGCGAGCGUGGGCGUGAAGUGAUUCGAGGGUUGCUUAGGCGAAUCGAGAACAGAGAAGAAGAGAAAGAGAUUGUGAAGACAGUCCACAACAAUGGUGGGUCAAAUGAAGCAAAUCUGCCCAUUAGAAGUAGUGUGUGCAGAGCAUUUGUGUUGUUCAUUGCUCUUGUGUUAAUUCUGUAUGUUUUAUCCGGGAAUCGUUGUGUUUGUGGUGUUUAA